AUCUUAUCUCUUAACUGAAAGGCAAAACCAAAGUUCAGUCAUUUAUCUAUGUAUAAAGUGGGAUUUCCAAAAGGUGUCUCCGGAAAAAAAAUCAUCUUGAUGCUUCUCUUACUGGAAGAGACACCAGUUUUCAUUACUGAUGGCGUCACACAAGGAAAUUAAGAAAACGGGUUGGGAGGACUUAAACUCUUACUCCCACUGCUGCAUUUAGAUUGUAAGGGCUACAGCCAGUCUCUGUGUAUUAUGGAGAAGAUGGAGCGAGCACCUGAUGUCCACUGGAGAAGGAAACUUAUCCGAGGGCCAAGGGAGAAAGAGUGGCUUAUAUUGGCAGGACCUGAGAGUCUGGCUUCUGAAUGGAUUGCCAAGAAAAAAUCUGAACUUGUGGAUCUACUUUCUAAGGACCCUGAAAAUGUUUUAAGCCUAACAUAUUCUAAAGGCCUGAUUACUCCAGCUGAAGGCCACUGGUUGAGAAAAUAUCCAGUCAAACACCAGAUGGCUGAACUGGUGGCAGUAAUCAUUCAUAAGAAAAAAUCCCUUACUUUCCUUCAGCUUCUAGCAGAACUGUAUGGAAAGGCAUACCGCAGACACUAUAGAUGGAUAAUGGCUGUUUGUUUAGAACAAAAGGAACCUCUGGAUGAAAACAGGACAACAGAACGAGCCAGGGACCCUGUGGACAAGCCAAACCUUUUUGUUAAGCCCUGUCCUCUGGAAACAAGGAGACACAUUCAGGACAGUCAGAGAGGGGAGAUCUACUGCAUCGGAGAGAAGAACAACCGAACCCGUCUGGCUAUUAUAAUCAACAACAUGAAGUUCAGGUUUGUGGAUAGCCGUGAUGGAAGUGAAGUUGAUACAAAACAAAUGAAGACACUGCUGGAGGCUUUGGAUUACAGAGUGGAAGUAGUGGAAAACAAGACUGCUGAGGAGAUGGAGAUGUGUCUAAGAUCAUUUUCCAAGCGAGAAGAACACAAGAUGUCUGACAGCACCUUCGUUGUGAUCAUGUCCCAUGGUACAGAGGAAGGGAUCUGUGGGGUUGAUUACAAUCCACAGCACAGCAGGAGCGAAACCAUCCUGACAACAAAGGCAAUAGGCAGGAUCUUCAGCAAUGACCAUAGCCUGAAUCUGGUGGGAAAGCCCAAGAUCAUUAUUAUACAGGCUUGCCGAGGAGACCACAAGGGCUUUGUCAUGAUCCCCACUAACAAAGGAGACGAUGAAGAGUGUUUGACAAAAUAUGACUCAGACAGUCCUUUAAACAAAAUUCAUAAGGAGAGUGACCUCGUCUUUUUCUGCUCAACCACACCAGGAACAAGAGCAUAUAGACACCGUAAAAAUGGAACAAUGUUCAUACAAAGGUUGGUGGAAACAUUCAGAAAUCAUGCUUGGAAUUUCCACAUUGAGGAUCUCUUUAAGAAGGUCCAGCGUUCUUUUCACAACUUUCCUCAACAACUGCCCUGCAAGGAAAGAACAACGUUGCUCAGAAACUUCUACCUCUUUCCCGGACACUGAGACUGCCUGAGAGUAAAUCUCCUUCGGCUCUGAGAUCUGAGCCCAUGUUACAAGACACCUGUGAUAAAGAAAGCUGUCUUUUGUGAAAAUAGUCAAACAACAAAUAUGCAAUAACAACAAUUAUUUUAAAAAGAUAGCCUUUAUUAACAACAAUAAUUGUAGUUUAAGAGACAGUUAAAUCCUUACUUCCUAAAAGAACACAUUACAACAUAUUCAUUGUUCCUGUUGUCAACAUUGUGUUGUCUGUUGCACUGUGUAUGUGCCGAGGGAUCAGUGUACGUAUGGAAAUAAACUAUUCUACUGCUCUACUAGAACUCAACGAAUGGUCAAAUAUUUAAAAUAAUUUUCCUGCACAUGUUUAUUUUUCAGUAUUUAUAAUGUAUUAAUAUUUUGUAAGGAAUGUAACUGCAUUGGUUUAGUGUUUUGACUCAUUGUCAUCAGUAUGUCUUGUAUUUUCUUUUUGAUUGUUUCACUUGAGUUUUACUCUGUAUUCUCAGAAAGCUCUUUCAACUGAAAUGUUUUGAACUUUGAAUUAAAAUGAAAUGCAUUUUAAACACUGAUCUGGAUCUGAGCCCUGAAAGAGUUGUAAAGCAUACAUUAAGAUUAAAUAAUUUGUGUUCUGAGCUG